UUCAAUAGAAGAAGUAACGAAUAUCGUAUUAAUAGAAUAUCGCAUAGCGAUUGGAAACGCAAAGGAAAUAGGUUCUGUUGAUUGGGAAUCAUUGGAAACGAAUUCUCGCGCCAUGUUCUAUGAUGGUGGUAACCCGUGGUUUUGCGGUCUCAUUGGUCGCAUUCUACACCCGGAGUACGACCAGGGCUAUGUUAACACAUUGGUCAUACUAUUCUUUGAGAAUAUCGAGAAACCCUCCCUUUGGAGACCAAUCAGGUUGAUAAAUGACUACAAAGAAGUAAGCAGAUGGAUCAAGAUCUAUAAUGUUGGAUACAAGGACAGUAAGAAACGUAUGCGGCUAGAGCAAGACAUAUAUCCUGUUGAUUUCGUCAGUCGGACGAUGUGUGAAGAAUUCUACUUCAGUGAAGAGAUAAACUUCGAAUAUCUAUGGCCACCGCACACAAUGUGUUACAAAGCGAUGCACACUAGUGACACUUGUGUGAUGAGCAGCGGAAUGGCACUGGCCAGUAAUUCCAGUGACGGUUGGAUACUGCUCGGCUUGAGCACAACUGGACCAGGAUGUGCAUUGCCUGGUAGAUACAUAGAAAUCUUACCGUACGUAAAAUGGAUAAAAGAUCACAUUGAAGUAAGGAAGACGACUCGCAGAGCGCAGUAUUACCAUGAAGCUAUACACAAUGUAUUGGGUUAUAAUUCAUUCAUCGACAUGUUCUUCUCAAAACUUACAGAUAAAUCUUUAACUAUGGAAGCAAAAUAUGCAAACUAUACGCAGAUAGUAAAGGGCUGCUAUUACGACGAGGACACUAAAACUUUGAUGUAUUUAGAGGAGGACAUCUUUAUGACACAGAGCCCAGUAGCCGUCGGAGUUUAUGCGCUACUGUUUUUCGACAUGAGUUUUGAAUCUGCAACAUGCGUGAAAUUGUACACAAUGUGUGUCGCAAGGACUGACGCGAAACUAUUCUUUUACACUCGGACCCAUCAUGGAGAGUUACCACAGUUUGUGAAGACCGUACCAUCCAGACCUCUUGAUAUUGACAGAAAUGAAACAUACAAGAUGAUAAGAGACCCUGUCUUCAUCAGAAACAUAGAAACACACCAUUUAGAAUUUAAAUUUACAUUCAACAAAGUUGCGAUGGUUAAUAUUACUUUCUUUGGUAAAUUUAACGGCUCCGAUUGGUAAUUUUAUUGUACAGACAGCAGAUUUAUAUAAGUUAUUCAAACUGUCGUGAGACAUAUAAUUAAUUAAUAUAUAAACGACUAAAGCCCGGUGGCGGCACCGACUAGUUUCGAACCCAUCAGGGACCCUUCAAGAGGGUGUGUGGGAUUGGUAUUAUUUCGUGGAUUCAGCCCGUCUGUGUGCGCCUGCAUUCUUAGGGCGCGCCUCGAGGGUAUGGGGGGUAUCUAACUAGUCGGUGCCGACAACGGGAAUGAGUGUGUUAUUUAGCCGUUUACAAUUAGUUUAAGAGUUAUAUAAGAAAAAUGUUUUUAAGUUAGCACUACUAAAUUAGAAGUUUUUUUUUAAU